GCGUAACUUCCGCGAGCAGUGGGAAGCGGAGGUGAGGCCUGUACAGCGGAGGUGUUGGCGACUUUGGGCUCGUCCUGGAGGCGGGUGCGAGCUGACUAGGAAGGUUUCUGGGUCUUUCACUGGCCAGGGACUCCUCAGAACCUUCAGCCAUGCGUCUCUCUGCCCUGUUGGCCUUGGCAUCCAAGGUCACUCUGCCGCCCAACUAUCGCUAUGGGAUGAGCCGCCCAGGUUCCCUUGCAGACAAGAGGAAGAACCCCCCAGGGACCAGGCGGCGCCCAGUGGCUGUGGAACCCAUUUCCGAUGAAGACUGGCACCUCUUCUGUGGGGAUAGGGUGGAGGUCCUAGAAGGCAAGGAUGCUGGGAAGCAAGGCAGAGUGAUUCAAGUUAUCCGGCAGCGAAACUGGGUGGUCCUGGAGGGGCUGAAUACACAUUACCGCUAUGUUGGCAGGACCAAGGACCACCGGGGAACCAUGAUCCCUAGCGAAGCACCCUUGCUCCACAACCAAGUCAAACUUGUGGAUCCUGUGGACAGGAAACCCACUGAAGUGGAGUGGAGAUUCACUGAGGCAGGAGAGCGGGUCCGAGUCUCCACAAGAUCAGGAAGGAUUAUUCCCAAACCUGAAUUUCCCAGAGCUGAUGGCAUCGUCCCUGAAACAUGGAUUGAUGGCCCCAAAGACACAUCAGUGGAAGAUGCUCUGGAAAGAACCUAUGUGCCUGGUCUAAAGACUCUGGAAGAGGAGGUGAUGGAUGCAAUGGGGAUCCAGGAGACUCGGAGACACAAGAAAGUCUAUUGGUAUUGAUCCUGGGGAGAGCAGCUUCUCCCCUCCUUGUCUUAGCCUUGAAGGCUGGGGUCACAUCUUCUUCAGUCAUCAGUAAAGAGCCAUGAGUCCUCCUCUGUGUGCAGCUGCUGUCUUCUGGCACCCCUAACCCACAGUGCCUGUUCCAGGAGCUGAAGAGAGGAAGCGUCUGCCCCAGUAUGUAGAAGUUAGCUAGCCUUAAGAUGGCCUUCCCAAGGCACAGGGCGUACUGAUUCUGGGAUGGAGACUGGUGGCAGAGAGGUUCCUUCCAAUGGAGCCCUGAGAAGAUGCUACCUAGUCUGGAGGGCAGUGGGGGUUGGGGACGUGAGACCUAAUUGUCAUACCUCUGCAGGAUCUAAGUAGGGAGGGUGUAUGCCUGUCCUUUUCUAUAUUUAACAGAAGGGGAAGGGAAAUAAAGAUUCAAUUUUUUUAAAUUAAAAA